UUCUCUCUCUUUAGUAUUAGUCUAAUACCUCAAAAGUACCGGUAGUUGUCAAUCUAAUCGUAGAAGAAAGCAGAAUAAAAAUAUAGUUAUAUGCACAUCAUUCUGGUAAUGAACAAGUCAACGAACUAAUAAAGCUUUAAAUUCAUAUCAAUAAUCAAUACUGAAUGAAGGAUAUUAAUAUACAAAUGGAAGAGACUUCUAUGCCAAUGGAUGUAGAGCACAGCUCUACAUUUCAUCAUCAAAAAACUCAAGAAAGUUGUGACACAUUUUUUGAUUCUAAUGGUUUACCUAAAGAUAUAAAAGCAAAUGAUUUUUCUGACAUGGACUUUGCAUCAACAUCGAAGCAUGAAGAAAUAUUUAAAUCUGCAUCAUCUACUCAUAAAGAUGACCCUAUUGUUUAUGGAGAAUUAAUUGUUUUAGGUACUAAUGGGUGCUUGCCUGGCGGGGAUAGAGGCCGUCGAAAAAGUAGUUUUACAUUACAAAAACGACUCAAACCCAAUGGAGUCAAGCCAUCAAACAAGCAACAAGUUUUUGAAAAGCCGACACACUCAGACGCAUUCAUGAGUAAAGAACAUCAUAGUGUUUCCUAUACUCUACCUCGCAAUGUCAUUGUCGUCACAUACGAAUCCAGUUCAACGACAGACAUGUUUCAAAUUGGUCGAUCAACAGAAGACCCCAUCGAUUUUGUUGUGAUGGAUAUUUUACCGGGUGCGUCAAUCCCAUCAAAUCAGUUAAAAAGCCACCAACCACAGCAAAGUACAAUAUCAAGGUUCUCUUGUCGAAUACUUUGUGAACGAGAACCACCAUAUACAGCGAGAAUAUAUGCUGCUGGUUUUGAUACUUCUAUGAAUAUUAUUUUAGGGGAAAAAGCUCCAAAGUGGAAGACCGAUGGGUUGAUGGAUGGUCUAACAACUAACGGUAUUUUAUUAAUGAAACCAAAGAAAAGUUCAAUGUCGCGGCAAUCUUCAGAACCAGCAGGAUGGAAAGAAGUUUCUGUCGGUGGUAGAAUAUACAGAUUACGAGAAACAAGGUCGGCACAGCAUCCUGGGCUACCUAUUACCGAUGAAGAUAAUAUAUUAGAGGAUGGAACGUUAAUUGACUUAUGCGGUGCUACUUUAUUAUGGAGAUCUGCAUCUAGUAUGCAACGUAUGCCGACACCUCGACAUAUAGAUCGUUUGAUUGAAGACAUCAACCUUGAAAGACCACAGUGUCCAGUCGGUCUGACCACUCUUGCCUUUCCUCGACGUUCACAUGCUAACAGACCUAGCGAAAAACAACCAUGGGUUUAUCUGGCAUGUGGUCAUGUACACGGAAGAAUAGAUUGGGGAAGAAGAGGCGAAGAAAGAAUGUGCCCACUAUGCAGAACGAUCGGCAAAUAUGUCCCCUUAUGGAUGGGCAAUGAACCAGCGUUUUACAAUGAUCGUGGACCCCCAACACAUUGUCUUGUACCAUGUGGACAUGUUUGUUCAGAAGUUACGGCAAAGUUUUGGGCAUUAACCCCUUUGCCACACGGAACUCAAGCUUUUAAUGCCGCUUGUCCAUUUUGUGCAACCCAAAUUGAAGGUGAUCCUGGAUUUGUUAAAUUAAUUUGGCAGCCAAUGUUAGAUGGAUAGCAUGAUAUUACUUAUUUUUAUCUUUCAAUUAUUUUUGUACCGUUUUUUUUGUCACUGUUACGACUAUUAUAAAUUUUGUGUGAUUUUUUUUCUUCGUUUGUUUUACCGCCUGGGAUUGAAGCGCAGGGUUCAUUAUUUGGGGUCUGGUUAUUAUUACAUAUAUCAGUGGUUUUCAACCCGGUUUUGCAAGCUCACCCGAGAGUCUACAACUCGUUAUAUACGUUUUAGAUACCUGUCAAUUGAUACGUCAUUAUCACAGUUAAGCAUGUGUAUAUUUGUAACAAUUCAAUUAUACCAAUAUCUUAAUUAUACGUACCUCUGCCCCGAUCUCUUGCGGGUGCUCUCCUCUCACAGCAUGGGAAUAUUUUUCUGAUUCUAAUUUUGAUUUGGGAACCACUGGUCCAUAUUAUUAUAUAUACGUAUAUCGUUUAAAUAUAUUCAAAUACAUGGGUAUAAUAUAAUAAGUAUGUUACAGUAGUAUUCUGUGAGAUCCAUUCAGGUGUUCCGCAUCAAAAUGUUGUUUCAUAUUUUUUUGAUUGGCAUAUUUUAUGAGAAUAAAAAUAAUCAAUUGAAGUGUUUCAUCGGGCUACUGCUCCACUAAAAAAGGUUGAAAACCACCGACAUAUAUUAUUAAAAAUCUCAGCAUUGGUGAUCUUAGUAUGUAGCCAAAAAUGGGAGCAUUUAUAAAAAAUGCUUGAUAAAAUGUUUAUUACUUCUCUUCUUAUUCAUACUAGUAAUUAUUGAUACUAAUAACUGGACAUCCCUAAUGUUGAUAAAAUCUCCCAACAACCACUGUGUGUGUACAACAACGAGACAUCAAAUGCUUUGUUCAAUUCUUUAUUAUUAUUAAUUUUUUGGUUGUUUCAAUAACUUGAUGACUGAUCUAAUAUGCUUUAGCAAUCGCCAAUCCAAGAGUGUUGCAGUUUUAACUUUAUAAAAGACAUGCUAUUGCCAAGCAUGGGACAUACAUGAGUUGUACUACAGUCUACAGUGAUACGCUCAUAUUUGGGUUUAUAAUGUUUGUGUUUAAAAACAGAUACUUCUAGAGAGCUAUUUAAAAAUCACAAAGGCUCCAGCUACCAUAAAACAAGCCUAAUUUUAAAACUUAUCAUUAAAGGUUCAAAUAUACAAAUUUACUUUGGAAAUUAUGAAUUAAUAUUGGAAAUGAAUUAAAAUAUAUAUAUAUAUAUAAAGCUCAACAGGAUAGAUAAUAGAAAAUUAUGAAUUUGAAAAAAUAGUAGAUAGUUGGGAGCUGGAGCCACUAAAAUUUGUUAGCUCCAUCUUCAAUGUGGGCAUUGUUAAAUCAUUAAAAUGUGCAAACUCUAUCAACUGUCGCAAUUGAUACAAAUCGCCUGAUCGCAAAAGUCAUAUUAAACCCUAAUCAUAUAAAACUAAUAUUUUUACCAAUGCCUUCUUCUUCAACAAAUUCUGACUGGAAUAUUUCAUGCUCAGCAGUGAGAAAUUUUUACAGACUUUUCAGUUAUUUGACCGGACCAACAUGAGUGAGAAAUCAUGUCUUCGAAAACUGUUUUCCUUCAGUUUUACAUAUUUGAAUGCAAUGUAGUUGUGUGAUUGACCGGUGUUUUUCCCGUCUGCUCAUAAGAUUUAGUUUUCUCAACAAGGCCUAUGUGAAAAAAUACUUUUGAAAUAGGCUGACAUGAAAAUAAUGUAUUCGUUGAUUAUGAUGAAUUCAUACUCUUGAUCGUUGGAAUGAGUGAGGUUUCUUGAUUUCAACGGAGAUUGAUUGAUUAUCCUAUUUUAUGUUUCUAUUGCCAUUUACUGUUAAAAGCCGGAAGGUUAACAAAAUAAAAAGGUGUAAAAUAUAACA